AUGUAUGACAACCUUAAACAAUUCUACAACUCCGAGGAGAAACCACUACCACAACAACGACAACUACCAGUACCACAUCAACUUCAACAACAAGCACCACAUCAACUUCAACAACAAGCACCACAUCAACUUCAACAACAAGUACCACAACUACGACUACGACAACAACAACUACCACUACCACGACAACGACAACAACAACUACUACAACCACGACAACGACAACAACAACUACUACAACCACGACAACGACAACAACAACUACUACAACCACCACCACGACAACAACAACAACAACAACGACUACUACUACCACGACAACGACAACAACAACUACUACAACAACUACAACUACUACUAAGACAACAACAACAACUACCACGACAACGACAACGACAACAACAACUACUACAACCACGACAACGACAACUACAACUACUACAACAACUACAACUACUACUAAGACAACAACGACAACAACAACUACUACAACCACCACCACGAAAACUACAACUACCACAACAACAACAACGACAACAUCAGUCACAACUACUAGCGAGACAACCACUACAAGUAACAUCAGCUCCAUGUUCUACUGGAUAUGUUCGAACACCGUCUGGCUCAUGUGUCAAUCUUUUGAUUGAUUUUUAUAACUGUGGUUCAAUUGGUUAUGUAUGUGCCUCAACAUAUACAAGUUGUUCAUAUGGUGCUUGUAGUGGUGCACCUGCUGUGCAACUUACAGGUGCUGUCACUAUCCCUGGCUGGGAUGGUACAGUUAAUGUUGAUGAUGCAUAUGUAACUAUUAAUCUACCCUUCAACAUAUCUUUGUACGGUUAUUCAACGUCAACUGCAUCCGUUCAAAGUAAUGGCGUAAGUACGCUUAUGAUUGAUCUUUUCAAAACAUUACAAUUUGUAAAGAUACAAUAG